AUGGAGACUGCUACUAAUGACGUGACGGACGCGGGUAAUCGCAAGCGUAAGAUCACGGCCACUACACCUCCGUCUGGUCUCAAGCGCGGCAGUAAAUUGUCUCGGCCUGUUGCUGCCCUAAGGUCCAGUGUAUCGAACGGCGUGACGCCACCUGUAGUAACACCGCAGGGGUCUAUCCACACGUCUGAUCAGUUUAUCGACCAUCAGCGUGCCAUGUUAAGCGCUGCCACUGCCCCCACACCCCAUGGGCCCGUAGAGCACAUGCCACCUACGCCUGCCUUUGUAAACCGCAACGGCUUUAGUCACACGCCCGAUGGCUUCUCCUCUACGCCCGGGUCGGCCACGACGCCCGCAGACGAUAUCCUGGCGGCCGGUGGUGGCUCUACUGGCCGCUCAUCGCACGCACCCACACCGUCCCCGGUGCCCCGCGCGGCGCCGCUUAAUCUCCGUAACUUUGCCAAUUGGGACGUCGGCGAUCGCUACACGCUCGUGCGACUGCUUGGAAAAGGGUCUUAUGGACAGGUCGCAGAGGCCUUUGAUACUGAACGCCAAAAGAAGGUGGCGAUCAAGAAGAUCAUCAAUGUCUUUGACCAGGAGAUUGACUGCAAGCGGCUUUACCGCGAGAUUUACAUCUUGCGUCGUCUCAGCCACUCGCAAGUAAUCAAUCUGAUUGACGUGAUUCCACCAGAAAACUAUGAUACUUUUACGGAUUUGUAUUUGGUGUUCGAUUUUGUGGACACUGAUCUGCACAAGCUGAUCAUGAGCCCACAGUACUUGACAAUUCGCCAUAUCCAAGUCUUUUUGUACCAGCUGCUAUGCGGUCUGAAGUAUAUUCACUCGGCCAACGUGAUUCAUCGUGACAUGAAACCCGCCAACAUUCUUUUAAAUGAAGAUUGUACCCUAAUGAUCUGCGACUUUGGCCUCUCUCGUGUGAUGGAGAGCGACAUGUCGAUGGAGGAACUGAGUAAGCACUUGUAUUCGCCCAAGUCAUCCAAGUCACCUACGACGUCCGAUGGAGGAACUACGUCGGCACCGUCCCCUGGCAGUGCCUCUUCAACACCAUCAUCGUCUGGAGAGUUUCCCAAGAUGCGGCGGCAACUAACGAAGCACGUUGUCACGCGGUGGUACCGUGCGCCAGAGCUCAUUCUUCUUCAAGAUUACGAUUUUUCUGUCGAUAUGUGGAGCAUUGGGUGCAUUUUUGCGGAGCUGUUGAGCAUGCAAGUUGAGAGUUGCCCACGGUACCAGGAGCGCGUCCCGCUCUUUCCUGGACGGUCAUGUUUUCCUCUUAGCGCAGAUCGGCCCACGACUUACUCUGACAAACUGGACCAGCUCAACGUGAUCUUUAAUGUGAUUGGUACACCGGGCGAGGAUGACAUUGGCAGCUUGGGUGAAGUCAAACAAUACUUGCGAAAACUGCCAAAGAAGGAGCCCAGAGAUCUUCGUGAGAUGUAUCCGGGCGCCCCUGCUGAUUCGCUUGAUUUGCUAAAGCAAAUGCUAUCAUUUAAUCCCGAGUGUCGAAUCUCGGUUGAUAAAGCGCUGGCGCAUCCAUUCCUGGAGUCAGUACGGAGGGCCCAGUCCGAGAGUGUAGAGGCCAAUCCGUUUGGAAUGGAGUUUGAGAACGUUCCUCUGAACAAGGAUGCUCUGAAAGCCCGUAUUUUUGAGGAAAUCAAAUUGUUUGGGGAUCGCAACAAUCGAAGAUGA